AUGGCUAUUCACGACCAAGAGAAGGCGCAGGCGCUGGGCGAUGAGCGCAUCGAAGCCAACAGUCCCUCCGACUCCGAUGACUAUGACGCACGUAUUCAGGCCUUUAGUGAGAAGGAGCAGAAGAAGAUCAUACGGCGUAUUGAUCGCCGGCUGGUGCUAACCCUUGCAUUCAUGUACUGUGUCAGUCUCAUGGACAGGACCAAUUUAGGUAUCGCUGUGGUCGCUGGCAUGGGUGUCGACCUUAGACUCACCGUCGGCGCGAGAUACAGCGUUAUCACGCUCGUCUUUUUCUUUACGUACGUCUUCUUGCAGCCACCAGCGACAGUUAUCCUCCGCAAGAUGGGCCCGAAAUUGUUCUUGCCCACAAUCUGCCUGGCCUGGGGCAUCCUCACCAUCGGAUUUGGCUUUGUGCACCAAUGGUGGGAGAUGAUCCCGCUUCGACUCGUUCUCGGUGUGCUUGAGGCCGGAUUCUUCCCUGGCUGCGCUUACCUUCUAUCGUGCUGGUACCCACGUUACGAGCUACAGAAGCGUAAUGCCGUGUUCUACCUCAUCGGCAGCAUGGCAUCUGCUUUCUCUGGCAUCUUGUCGUACGGCUUCAUGCAGAUGAACACCCUCGGCUCUGGCGACAGGCUCGGACAAGGCUACGGUCCAACAGCAGCGAACCCUACCGCUCCAUCGGGCCGACUUCCAGGAAUCGCUGGGUGGCGCUGGAUCUUCAUCAUGCAGGGCGUUCUUACAUGUGUCGUGGCUCUGAUCGGAUUCGUGACUAUCGUUGACUUCCCCGAAUACGCAUCCAAGUCCUGGCUGGGGAUGAAGUUCCUCACCAAGGAAGAAUCCGACUUUGUUGUGGCCCGCAUUGACAGAGACCGCAAGGACGCCCACGCAGAGCCUUUCGAGUUCGGUAAAUACAUGAAGAAUGGCGCGGAUCUGAAAGUCUGGGCCUUCGGCGCGCUCUUUGGCUUGACAACCACCAUCACGUAUGCGAUUGCGUUCUUUCUGCCCAUUAUUCUGCGCAACGGCAUGGGUUUCAGUAUCGCAGCAUCGCAAUGUUUGGUCGCUCCGCCGUAUGUGCUUGCUGCAAUCGUCAUGUUCGGGAUGGCUUGGUACGGCGACAAGUGGCAUAUCCGCUCACCUUUCAUCCUCGUCAAUGGCGUGCUGGCUCUUAUCGGUCUGCCACUCCUGGGCUUUUCGCGCAAUGUCGGCGUGCGAUACUUCGGCGUCUUCCUUGCAACUACAGCCGCCAACGCGAACGUUCCAUGCGUGUUGACCUGGCAGGCGAACAACAUCCGCGGACAAUGGAAGCGCGCCCUAUGCUCGGCCACACUCGUGGGGUCUGGCGGUAUUGGUGGCAUCAUCGGCUCCGUGGUGUUCCGCAGUCAGGAUGCCCCCAACUAUCGCCCUGGCAUCUACUGUACGAUGACCGCUGCCGCCCUCAUCAUUGUCAUCACCUUGCUGCUUGACUUCAAGUUCUGGAAGGCGAACAAGCGUGUCGACAAUGGAGGAAAGGCCAUUGAAGGUCUGCAAGGAUUCAAGUACACGCUUUGA